AUGGAUGGAGAUAUGGAAGGGUUCAUCUCCCAGAAGGUGAUCGUGUAUAACAGCAUGCUGCCUUAUUCCGACCGGUUGGAGCUCGAGGCCACGGAGCUGUUGGCGGAGAUCAAGGCGAACCUGUCCAGAGCCGUCCUCCUCAGAGAGCUGUGGCCCGGGGUCGCUUUGUGGUGCAGGAAGCUCUUCUCGUUUCUGAAGCUGUACGGCCGCAGGUUCAGCAAAGAGGACCACAUCCUCUUCAUCAAGCUGCUCUAUGAGUUGGUCACGCUGCCGAACCUGGAGCCUAACAUGAUGCUAGGCUACGCCAGGCUGCUCAUUCAGCUUCUCAAGAAGAAGGAACUGCUGUCAAGGGAUGACCUACAGUUGCCGUGGCGACCCCUUUAUGCUCUGUACGAGAGGGCUGUCUACUCCAAAAAUGAACACCUUGGACUCGUCUGGUUCCCUAACUCGGUGGACCACAUUUUGAAGGCUUUGAUCAAAAGCUGCAGACUGUAUUUCCCUGCAUCUUGCACCAAGGAGAUGCUGGAUGAGUGGCGCCCCCUGCUGUGUGUGUUUGACAUGGUCAUGCAGAAGGCCAUCAGCAACAUGGAGCUGUUCCUGCCCACGAUCAUGCCCCAGGAGGAACACAGCCAGGGCUUCCAGUUGUGGUUUGAUGAAUUAAUAAACCUUUGGAUAUCAGUGCAAAAUCAGCCGAGCUGGGAAGGGCACCUAGUGAACCUGUUUGCUCGCCUCGCUAACGAUAACAUCGGCUACGUCGACUGGACCCCUUAUAUUCCCACAAUCUUCACCAGGAUCCUGCGCAGUUUGAACCUUCCAGUUGGGGUCAGUCAGAUGGUCGCACCGCAGUAUCUCACCUACUAUGACAUUGGACACUUGGUUUUAUGGAUCUCAGCACUUCUGGGAGGACCAGGAAACCCUGCACAGAAGCAGCUGACCUGCCUCUUAAACAGCAUCGCCUCCUUCUACCAUCCCUCCAAUCAUGGUCGCUGGCAGGCCCGACUGAUGCGGCUGCUUCAGCGUCUCCCGGCGAGUGUUGUGCGUCGUGUGCACCGGGAGCGUCACGCUGCCCCUAGCUGGAUCAUGCUGGUCCCUGAUUGUCAGAAACUGACUGAUGAAGACUUGCAGGAGUUCACUCGCAGCCUCACUGGAGCCGCCCUGCUGGCCAUGUUCAGUAAAACCGGCAGUGCGGAUGCAGCCUUCGCUCUUCAGAACCUGGCUCUCCUCACACCAGAACUCGCCAUACCAGCUGUUCUUGAGAAGAUGUACGCAGCAAUGGAGACCCUGACGGAGCCUCACACCCUCACCGCCACUCUCAGCUGCAUGAUCGGCAUGGCUCGCAGCCUGGUCUCCCCAACCAACCAUUACCCAGAGGGCCGUGCGCACGUGCUCCCCCUGCUCAUGGGCUCUCUGCCGGGGGUUGACCCCAAUGACUUCAGCAAGUGCAUGAUAACGUUCCAGUUCAUCGCUACCUUCAGCACGCUGGUGCCUUUAGUGGAUUGUUCAUCUGCUCCUUCUCAACACAGCGAUCUCACGGAGAUUGAGAAGAAUCUGUGUUUUGCCUCAGCUGCAUUCGAAGACUUCAUUCUCCAGUUUCUGGACAGGUGUUUUGGUCUGAUAGACAGCAGCACCCUGGAACAGACAAGAGAUGAGAUGGAGACAGAUACCCAGAACCAGCUGGAGAGCCUGGUGGAGCUGGGCCUGUCCUCCACUGUUAACACCAUCCUAACACAAUGCUCUCUAGAACUAUACAAGAUGGCGCUACAGAAGGUGUUUAACUUUGCCACCUCCAACGUCUUUGAGACGUGUGUGUCAGGCAGGAUGGUGGCUGACAUGUGCAGAGCUGCAGCAAAGUGUCAUCCCGCUGAGUCUCUCCGCCUGUUCGUCCCUCACUGCUGCAGUGUCAUUUUCCACUAUACUGACAACGAGGAGCUGCAGAGUGAAGACGAGCUGGAUAAGGAGCUGCUGUGGAAUCUCCAGCUGCUCUCCGAGGUAACCCGUGUGGAUGGUGAACAGCUGUUAAAAUUCCAGGGGGACCUGGAGCGGAUCUUGUGUGUGUGUGUGCGUCUGCGCUGCAAACAGGCGUACACACUUGCCUGCAGUCUGCUGGAGCACACACUCAGGUCGCUGUCCCUCAUCUAUCCCACCGAGUACCGCAGCACCUCUGGAGGCUUUGAUUCUGACCUCCCUAUACGGGACUGGGGCAAAGCUGGAGAUGUGGCAGACUUGGGUGUGUGUUGGCACGUGCCCAAUCAGGAGGAGGAGAACUUUGUUUUCCAGCUGCUGUCCCGCCUCCUGCGCCCUGAGCUGCAGCGAAUCGAGGCCCACGUGUCUGGAGAGCAGCCAAUGAGCAGGGAGGAGCUGUUGCUGAGUCUUGCUAUCGUGCAGCACUGCCUUCUUGGAGCUGGAAGCAUGCUGCCCCUUCUGGAUGGACAACACGUAUCUGACCUCGUGCCCUCCAUGGUCAAUCUGGGGGAGAUAAAGCUGCACAUAGGCAUCAACUACGAUGAUUCACGGGAGAACUACAGAAAGUCCAUCUGCCAAACCAUGAGACUGCUGCUACAUCACAUCUUGGAGCACACUGAGGAUGACACAAAGUCACUGUUUGUCAUCAUUAAGAUCAUCAGUGACCUCAUGUUUUUCCAAGGCAUUCACAAGAAGGAGUUUGACUCACGUUGGAAAAGCUUCACUCUUGUGAAGAAGUCCAUGGAAAACAGGCUUCAUGGGAAAAAGCAGAACAUUAGAGCUCUGCUCAUUGACCGGGUGCUACUCCAGCAUGAGAUGAGGAAGCUGGUGGUUGAGGGCACUGUAUAUAAAGUGGUUCAUCAGGAGCUACUAUGUGACCUGCUGCUGCUUUCUACCAGCACCUACAGCCAGGUACGUAGCAGGGCCCAACAUGUGCUGAUUUCCGCUGUGGGAACAUUUAGCUUCGCAUACAGGGACCUGAUUCCCCGAAUACUACAACUGCUCUCACCACAACACACCACUGGCACACAACAGCAGUUCAAGGGGGCUCUGUACUGUAUGCUGGGUAUGCAGAGUGGUAAUUGUCUGGCCAGUGCGAGGGACUGGAACUGUGUCGGGGAGGUGUGGCCCGCCCUCGUCCGCUGUGGCCUCUCGCCCUCUAUGACCCUGGGGAAGUCCUCCAUCGGUGGACUGCUCAACGAGAUUAUUGACCGCAUCCAUCGCCAGCACGACACCAUAGGGAUCUAUUAUACUGUGUCUGAAGCAUGUGUCGAGAUAGCCAAUCAUAUCGCACAGUCUGCAAAUCCCACGUCUUGUUUAGAGGCUCCGUCUCUAGAGGAGCUGAAUGAGGGGCUUCAACGUCAGCUGAUCAAAAAUGUGGUUGGUGCAAGGAAAUAUGAGAAACUGGUCAACGAUCUUUUGGACUGCCUUGAAGACAGCAACCUGCCCUGGAAGUUUGAGCACAUGGCCACAGACUUGUUAUCCCUCCAGCUGAGAGAAGAUCACCCACUCCCCCCCGACGCUGUCCACUACUUCACACAGGGCCUCACACAUGACUCCAUCAGCAUACGCAAGAUGGCAGUCGCAGCAAUGGCCGGCAUCCUGAAACAGCUAAAACGACCAAGAAUAAAAGUGGCUUUAAAGCCAUCAGAUAUCAGUGGUAAUGAGGAUCCAGAGGGUGUGUGUGCGGGAGAUCGGGAGGCAAAUCGCUGGCUGCAAUACGACAGCAAAAACCUGCCUUUGAGUGAGGAACAGUGGGAUUCUCAGCAGUAUGUGGAGAAAACACACUGGGGCUACUACUCGUGGCCGAGGGAAAUGAUGAUCCAUGCAGCUUCUGAAAAGCGAAAACACGACCUGCCCUAUGAAGAGAUGAGUGAGGGUGAGAAGAUCAUCUUUGAAUAUUUCUCGGACCCAGAGUUUAUUGACCAGCUUAUAGGGUUUCUCUCCCUGGAGGAUCGGAAAGGAAACGACAGCUUCAAUCCCCGACGCUUCUGUCUCUUCAAGGGGCUGUUUUGUAACUACGGAGAUGUGUUCCUGCCGUUACUAUGGCCUCACCUCGAGCAGCUUGCCAGCAACCCCCAUGAGAGCUCCCAGCGCUGUGUGUGUGAGAUUACUGCAGGACUAAUCAGAGGCAGCAAACUCUGGAGUUUCAGCAAGGUGGACAGGUUAUGGCAGCUUUUGUGCCCUUUGAUCAGGAAAGCAUUAAACAACAUCACUGUGGAAACCUACACAGACUGGGGCACCUGCAUCGCUACUGCCUGUGAGGGCCGCGACCCCAGGAAACUCCACUGGCUGUUUGAGAUGUUGAUGGAGAGCCCGCUGAGCGGAGAGGGCGGCUCAUUCCGGGAUGCAAGUUUGCUGUAUGUGCUUCAGGGAGGUCUGGCCCAGCAGCAGUGGAGAGUUUCUGAACUGCUGCACAGGCUGUUGACUUACCUGGAGCCCAAACUCACCCAGGUGUAUAAGAAUGUCAGGGAGCGCAUUGGGAGUGUGCUGACCUAUAUCUUCAUGAUCGACGUGGCCCUGCCCCACACACACAUCACCUACUCCCCCCACGUGGCAGAGUUCCUCACUCGGGUCCUAGAGAGGCUCAAGCCCCUCAUGUCGGAGCCCGAAAUCCACGUCCUCGAGGAGAACACCCAGGAGACAGACGAGCGCACCCAAGCUGUCAAACUGCUCAAGACGGUGCUGAAAUGGUUGGUGGCAAGCGCAGGGCGCACUUUUACCAAUCCUGUUCAGCAGCAACUUAAGCUCCUGCCUCUUCUCUUCAAGAUUGCCCCGGUGGAGAUUGAUGAGAGCUAUGAUGAGAUGAAGCAGGAUGCUCGCACGUGUCUCUCUCUCAUGUCCCAGGGCCUGCUGUAUCCCGAGCACAUCCCUCUAGUUCUGGCAGCGCUGGAUGAGUUGACAGUCAGCAGAUCAUGGCAUGCACGCUUCUCAGUACUGACCUACCUGCAGAUCAUGGUUUUCUACAACUUGUUUACCCUGCUCAGUGUGCCUGCUGCGGUGCUCCACAUCCGAAAGCUGGUCAUGCAGCUGCUACUUGAUGAACAGCUUGAGGUGAGGGACAUGGCAGGCACCACCCUCAGUGGUUUACUGCAGUGCCAGUUCUUCCCCCUGGACUCCAGUCUGCAGACAGAGCUCCAGACGCUGAGUCAGACUCGCCUCCCCAGGGCCAGGGGGGAGCUGGCCUCCACAGAUUUAGUGCGGCGCCAUGCUGGAGUGCUUGGCCUCAGUGCUUGCAUCCUGUCGAGCCCCUACGACGUCCCAGACUGGAUGCCUCAGAUACUCAUGGAUCUGAGCGACCACCUCAACGACCAACAGCCUAUAGAUAUGACGGUGAAGAAGACCUUGUCGGAGUUCAGGCGUACUCACCACGAUAACUGGCAGGAGCACCGGCAGUGCUUCACUGACGACCAGCUGCUGGUGCUCACAGACCUGCUGGUGUCGCCCUGUUACUACGCCUGACUGCCCCCUCAGGUCCUCCACACACUCACCCAGCAGAAGAAUAACUACAGCUGAUGUAGUGUUGGGUUCCUCUGUGCAGCCUGUUCAAACGACGUCAGAUAUUGUAGCAGUGUGUCUGAGGGCCCUGUCUCUGGAAUCUCACAUGCCAAAGUUGGCCUUUAGAAAACCCGUCAGAAAAGCAGCACUGGGCUAAACGGGUUCUAAUAUUUAACUUACUUGGUGUGUUCAUUUCGUCUCGCCAAGCAGCUCGGCAGCCCUUAUUUAAAGAUAAUCAGCCUUUAGUUGAAUUGUUUUAAUGUUGUGGAACAUUUCACUGCAGUAUGUAUUGCUCUCUUUCUACCUUUAAGAUACAUUCAAACAAUAGGUAAUAAGUAGUAAUCAUAUAUGAGCAUAUAAACAAAUGAAUAUGAAAAAUUGUCAUUAUCAUUACCAAAAACCUAAUGGUAGUUUGACAGUUACAAUUUAAUAGUUAUACAAAUGUAAAACUUAUCAUGCAAUGUGAUAAUGUUUAUAAUAUAUUACUUAAUAUAUAAAGCUUAAUAUAAUAAUAUAUGAUGUAUUGAUAUACAUGUAUGCAACACUUAUAAGUGUAUACAUAUAAUUAUGAAAUAUAACUAUCACAUUCCUACACAACCCACUGUGUUGUAUUAUACAAUAGCUCAACAUUGAGAAUGUCCUGUUGUUUCCUGUGAAUAAAGUCACCGCAUCAUUUGUAACAAGAGAUGUUUUUUUAUUUUAGAGAAGAAGAUUGAGCGUGGAAUGCUGUGUUCUCCAGGGUUGAUUGAUCAUUUGAAAUACCAGCAGCUUGUCGGCGCACAUUGAUAUGACAUGCAUGUCCACAGCAGAUAGCUCUGUACAGAGACAGAGAUCAAACACAGAUGAGAUGUCUCCCUGCACGGAUGCUUUUCACUUAUGUUGUGCAGAUGCUGCUGUGUUAAAGAGAGACAUGAUCACAGAUAGAGCUGUCAUCGUUUUAAUUCUGCAUGUUGACUUUUUCUGAUGCAGUACUGUUGACUUUGAUAUGUUCACUGUGCUGAGACGUGUGCUGGCAGAAUGAGAAACACCAUGGCUGUUCAGCACAAUCUGGAGGAAACAAUGUGUGCUUAUGUGGCUGUACACUGUGAUUAAAGCAGUAUGAUCAUUCCAACUGCACAAAAACAUGGAUCUUAU